AUGGAGGGCAAACCACUGUUCGAGAGCAAGCAUUGCAUCUCGCUAAAAUGUGUUCUAUUUCUAUUUUAUGGAGGUUUAGGAUGCAUCUAUCCCUUCCUGCAGUCGAACAUGGCUCACAAGGGGUUCGAUUACAAUGAAAUCUAUUCAAUAUCGGUAAUCAUUCCGGUUGCGGCCAUUUUCGGGCCUUUGAUAUUCGCACUUUUGGUGGACAAAUGGGCUACCUCCAGCGCAUUUUCUUAUGGAAAGCGAGUUCGGAUCCUGACAGCACUUAGUCUGUUGGCUUCGAUUGUUCUAUAUGCCAUACUGAUGUUUGGCGUCGAACGAAAUCCUCCACCAGACGUGUGCCACCCACAAGUGAGCUUCAUGUGCAACAAAAAGGGUGCCUUCCUGCUGCAGGAAAAGUGUACGGCCGAAGGUGUAUGCCACGAUUGGGAUCAUAAUAAGGUGGGGCUUCUGAGUUUGGAACACUGCAGCUACAGCUGCCAACGAGAGGCUCAUUUCGAGUCCACCUGCUACGAGCGGCAGGAUCAUGCUUCACGGUUGGCCGCCCUCCAGGAUAGCGAUGCUGGUGAUGAUGAUGAUGCAAAUGAUGCGGAUGAAUCAAAUACAGUGCGUGCUGAUGACGGUAGUGGCGAAGAAGACACCGCAGCAAGCAACGAUCUGGACGGCGAUGGCAUUCCCAACGAUCAGGAUCCGGAUGACGAUAACGAUGGUAUUCCAGACUCGCAGGAUAAUGACGACGACAACGAUGGGAUACCGGAUGCGCAGGACUUGGAUGACGAUAACGAUGGCAUUCCGGAUAGCGUAGAUGUUGAUUCGAAGAUGACGGCAAAUGACCUGGAUGGAGAUGGAAUUCCCAAUGAUCAGGAUGAAGACGACGACAAUGAUGGCAUCCCGGACGCGCUGGAUGAAGAUGACGACAAUGACGGAGUACCGGACGCUCAGGAUGAUGAUGACGACAAUGAUGGUAUUCCUGAUGGUGCAGAUUCCGAUGCGAAAUCUAAGGGCAAUGAUUUAGACGGGGAUGGCAUUCCAAACGAUAAGGAUGAUGAUGAUGAUAAUGAUGGCAUUCCGGACAUUCAGGAUACUGAUGAUGACAAUGACGGCGUGCCCGAUGUUUUGGAUAGCGACGAUGACAACGAUGGUAUACCGGAUGUGAAAGAUCAGGAUGCUGUUUCCAAGCCGAAUGAUUUGGACGGUGACGGUAUUCCGAAUGAACAAGAUGACGAUGAUGACAAUGAUGGAAUUCCAGACGCAGAAGACGACGACGACGAUAAUGACGGUAUUCCGGAUGCCGAGGACGUUGAUGAUGAUAACGAUGGCAUCCCGGAUGAGCUUGAAGGCAAAGCUUUGAGCGAUGAUCUGGACGGCGAUGGUAUCCCGAACGAUCUGGAUGACGAUGACGAUAACGAUGGAGUACCUGACUCGGAAGAUACGGAUGAUGAUAACGAUGGCAUUCCGGAUGCCCUUGACUUAGACGAUGACAACGAUGGCAUUCUGGAUGUGCUGGAUGAGGGAUCCCGUAACUCAAACGAUUUAGAUGGAGAUGGUAUACCCAAUGAUCUGGAUGAGGACGACGAUAAUGACGGUAUUCCGGACGCAGCGGACAAUGAUGAUGAUAACGAUGGAAUCCCGGAUAGCAUCGACAGCGAUGAUGACAAUGAUGGAAUUUCGGAUACCCAGGAGAACAUAGAGAGCGAAUUUUCUGCGCCUAAAAUUUGCCACGAUCCUGCGGCGGACAAUUCAGAUGAGGAUGAUGAGGACGAUGAUGACGAGAAAUGUUACUCUGCUAACGGAGAUGUCAUCGAAGUUAAAGCGUCCAUUGAUGAACAUAACGAACGUGAUGAUGACGAGGAAUGCAUUUAUCCUUUGGAUGGUUUUAAAUGUCAUAUUGAUAAAGCUUGGGUGAAAACGCAAGAACAAGGCUGUAAACCGGUGAUCGAAUGUUCUCUUCAAAAACCUUAUGAUUUGAACACCAGUUUACUGUACGGAACAGAUUGUGAUGGGGAUGAAGACAACGACGGUGAUGACGACCGGGGAGAUUCUACAUAUUACUUUUACCUAUCGAUACGCUCUUUGUUGGAUUUCUUUUUGCUAGCCGCACUAACACUGUUCAACACCAUCAUUGUUAUCGCAACCCGAGAUCCAUCGACGGGCGUUGCCGAUUUUGGUCGACAGUUAGUUUGGGGUGCCAUUGGAUGGAUUGUUUUCUUCAACGAUGACUUCGAACAACCGUACUUCCUGUUCAUACUCCUAAACACGACUGCGGCCAUUAUUCUGCUUAGCCCACUAAAGAUGGAUCUUUCUCCACCGGAACAUUGGUGGAAGUUCAAAACGACACCACAGAAAUUUUUCUCGGCUGCAGCAUUUUGCAAAUACGCCAAAAAAUGUUGGUUGCCGUUUUUGGUUGCUCUUGGCUUGGGAUCGCUCUGGAGCAUUAUCGAUUCGAUCGACGAGACUCACAUGAUUGAUAUCCCGACCGAGGGUGAUGGUAAUGAACCAAAGAAAACCGUUGGAUUACAAAACGUCUGGAAAACUAUCUUACUUGUCGGUGAUCUACUUGCUAUUCCUGUGCUUGUAUUCUCGAAACGAAUUAUCGAAGUUUUCGGAGUCUGCAAGAUCCUUGUUGCUGCUUUCCUUUCCUUAGUCGUACGCUAUAUCUUAUUGGCUAUUUUCGACUGGCAAUUCUGGGAUAUUAUCGAAGAUCUUCUGCUACCUACCACACUUGGCUUGACCUGGAUAACACUAGUGAUACAUUUCCGUGAUAUCCUGCCCCGGAAGAUAACCGCUAUCGCACAAGCCUUACCAGUUAUUGCCCAUUUCGGCUUUGGUCGCUUUUUCGGCGCUUUAAUUGGCAUUGAAAACGAUUACGAUCACCUGGAGAACGACUACGAAAUUAUUGCCGGUGUAUUGUUUGUCGUUACUAUCGUAAGCAUCGUGCUGUAUCGCUAUCGUGAGCUAAUACUAAACUAUCUAGGGCAGUACAUUCCUGCACUGAAACCAAGCGAAAAUGAAAAGGUUACUAAAAACGGCAAAGGUGAAACGGACGUUUGAACACAGAAUACCCUGUAGCCUAGUCGUAGUCAAGCUGGAA